UAUGAUAUUGUAGAAGCCUGUCAAUUCAAAUUCAAAUUGAAAGUAACUAUUAACGCAGCUGCAUUCAUGAUCAUUCCAGUAGUUUCGUUCAAAGGACCCACAGAAGAAGACACACGGUAACAUGAUGUAACUUGGCAGAGAAAGUGCGUGUGGGCACAUGGACCGAGCGGUGCAGUGAGUGAAGCAACAAUACAGCCGACAAGGGGGAGUUUCUUCUCGCAAAGCGCAUGCAAUCCCUACAAAAAUUCCCGGUGACUUCAGAUCCAAGGAGGUGGUGAUAUUCAUGGGAGCACGAUUCAAACUCUCUCACUUGGAGUAGGAGACCAGCUUCAGCAGCCCUGGAGCCAGCGCGCUGCUCUCUUUGCGCCUCUUUUAAACUGAAACAGAUGGAUUAGUGUUUGUGUAAAAUAACAUUUUUUCAGCACUGGAAGGAGAAAAGGUUCGAGUUUCUCACUUUGGACUGACGUUAGGUGCUGAUUUGACAACCUGAAGACAUUCUGCGCAAAGUCUUACCUGGACAUUAUGAAGACGUAUCCAGGCUUUUUUCAUUCUUGGGAGAGGAUGCCAUCUUGCUGAACUCGUGUAACCUCGUCGAGGAUUUUUAAAAGUUUAUUCAUAUUUCAGUGGCUCUCGCUAAAACUGUAACGCGAUCUGCGCUUUUACGCGGUAGUUUCAAAACUUUGCAUGGCCAAAAUGGACUGUGCAGGGUUUGUUUUUUUAGUGGUUUUGACUGUUGCACUGAUGCAAAUUGGUGACAGCCGAAAAGACACAACAGGUGGGAUGAAAGAUAUUGCAGGGGCAGGCCGGGCGGUAUGGGACCAGCAGCAGUCCCCGGAGAGCAGUCAAGGUCACUCGCCGAGCGGACCAGAGGACGGCGCAUCCUCCAGCCUAUCCGUUGAAACCUCUCCUGGGUCCAGCCACUCUAAAAUCCUGGUCCGCCUUCCCAGGGGCACAUCUUCCCAUGGGGAUGGCAGGCACACAUCCAUAGCAGCACCAGUUCAUGCAGCAGGCGCCUCCAAUGAAGAUUCCGUCUCUGCGCGGCGCACCGUCAGACAAGCCGCCAGCCAGCAGCACAGAACCAAAGUGAACCGCAGGCAGAGCAGCAAGCUCAGCUCUGCCAGCACAAGGAGACUUGCUGGGCCUAAUGUCUGUGGAGGUCAGCAGUGCUGCUCAGGCUGGGCUUUGGCACCAGGAACCAAUCGCUGCAUAAAACCUGACUGCCAGCCCCCCUGCCAGAACCGUGGCUCCUGCAGCCGGCCACAUACCUGUGUGUGUCGCUCAGGCUUCCAGGGGCCCCGCUGUGAGGAGGUGGCUCCAGAACAGGUGUACAUCCGUGAAGGCGGCGGCCUUAGGCGCAUUCAACCUGGGACCAACCCUUUCCAGAGAGACCAACCACGGAGAAGGCCCUCAGAAAGGCAGGCCAUUGAUACCACCAAGGUCCAGACCCCACGACCUGCGACCACGAGACUGCCCGUCCACGCUGUGACCCAAGUGAGACGCGGACCCCCAGACUCCUCUCCUCAGCAGACUGGGACCUCACGCACUGUGAAACGGUAUCCAUCAUCCUCUGGGCCUAUCACCUCAAAUGCUCUACCCAGUGGCAACGGCUACGCUAACGGCCGUGGCAAUGAGCACAGGGACUUGCACGGACACAGAAAUGGGCAUAGCAACGUGCAAUCCUUCAAUACUCACAGGCCUAGCAGUGACAGUCAGCAAAACAGACAGUUCAACAAUGCAUUGUUACCAGCAGGGGCCAACCUCACCUCCAACCUGGACCGCAUCAAGAUCGUUUUCACGCCUAUGAUGUGCCGCAGGGUGUGCAGUGGCGGGCGCUGCUACAACAGCUGUGAGAAGGGAGACGUAACCACUGUCUACAGCGAGACCACGCACAACCAGCAGCAGCAGCAGCAGCAGCCAAAGAACCAGGGCUUCCGUCUCUUCUUCUGUCAGAUACCUUGUCUUAAUGGAGGCCGAUGCAUCGGCAGGGACCUGUGCUGGUGUCCGUCUAAUUCAACAGGGAAGUUUUGCCACCUGCCAACCCCUUCUCCUGUCAGACCGACCCCUCACAGUCACAAGGAUGCCAGCCAGCAGGCACCAAAAUCUCCUUCACACUCCAUGUAUACCCUACCACUGUCCAAUCAGCAAGUGUCUCUCCACCCAUCCUUGGUGAACGUCCACAUUCAGCACCCUCCAGAGGCAGAAGUACACAUCCACCAAGUGGCUCGGGUUCAGCCAGGGCAGAGACCGGCCACCACAGAGGGGGCUCACUCUGUCCAGCAACGCUCACAGCCCGGGAAUGGCUACAAACCCACCAGUGAAUAUAGCAGCAGGCACCCACACACCAAUGGGAAUGGCCAUGGUCAUGUCAGACCACACUACCAUCAGAAUGGACAUGUGGGAAGAUGCUUUCAGGAAACAGUUGAUGGACAGUGUGGCAAGCCUCUGCCAGGCCUAACCAAACAGGAUGAUUGCUGUGGAAGUGUGGGCGCCUCCUGGGGUCUAAACAAGUGCCAAAAGUGUCCAGCCAAACCAGCCUAUGCAGUGAUUGCAAACGGACAAGUGGAAUGUUCCAAAGGUUAUAAAAGACUGAAUGUCACUCACUGUCAAGACAUCAAUGAAUGCCUGUUGCCUGGGAUCUGUAAAAAUGCUGAAUGUCUCAACACCAAGGGAAGCUACAGGUGCAUGUGUAAACCAGGCUUCAUGUUAGACCCUGAAAGCAAGCACUGUGUCUCUGACAAGGCUGUGUCUGACCAGAGGGCAUUAUGCUACCGAUCGGUGUCAGCAGGCACAUGCUCUCUGCCACUUUCUCAGCACAUCACCAAGCAGAUCUGCUGCUGCAGCCGAGUGGGCAAGGCCUGGGGCACCGGAUGCGAUCGCUGUCCUUUGCCAGGAUCAGAUCAUUUCAAGGAGAUCUGCCCAGCUGGUCAUGGAUAUACCUACUCGCGCUCUGAUGUGCAGAUUUCUCUCAGACAGUUGGGAGAAGAUGAUCUGCAGAGCACAAGAGUGUCAUGGGAGGAGCAGAGCCACAUUUAUCCUCAACCUCCAUCCUCCCAUCCCUCACUGCCACUGCCUUUCUGGCCACAACACCCGAGCUACCCACAGACGCCACAAGUACCCCAAUACCCUGAGUACCCUGAGACACCUCAAGCACCCCAACACCCUAUGACUCCCCAACAGCCUCUCCAUCCCUCUCAGCCAGCCAGAGAGACACCUAAACAACAAGAAGAUGUGGAAAUUCUGAGCCCGCUGUUUGUUGUGACUGACUCACCACGGAAAUAUCCAGAGACUUCUCCAGACUCCUCCAUCAUCAACCUGACGCCAGAUUCAAAGGACACAACCCACACGGAUUCAGCCACAGGCAUUGACAAGUGUGCUACCACCCCUACCAUAUGUGGCCGUGGUAAAUGUAUUCCUGUGCAGACCGGCUACACCUGCCAGUGUGAGCCAGGAUUCAAGCUUAGCGCACUGCAGACCAACUGCAUUGAUGUGAAUGAGUGUGAUGAGGACCCAUGUGGAGGGAUGGGCCGCUGUAUAAACAAUUAUGGCUCCUAUACCUGUCAUUGCCACAGCGGCUACAGCCAGGUGAUAACGCAGAACAGGAAGUUCUGUCAAGACAUUAAUGAGUGCAGCAUGCCCAGCAAGUGCCAGAAUGGCAAAUGCGUCAAUACAGAAGGAUCUUACACCUGUGAAUGCAACGAUGGCUACGCCAAGUCGUGGAGAGGCCUAUGCGAAGAUGUAGAUGAGUGCAGAGAUCCCAGUUCGUGUCUCAAUGGUGUCUGUGUCAACACUCUGGGGUCCUUCCACUGCCAGGUUUGCGGCCCGGGCUUCAGGCCUGCUGAUGACAGAUGUGUGGAUGUAAAUGAGUGCCUUAACCAAACCGUGUGUGGCCGUGGUAGGUGUGUCAACACCGAGGGCUCCUAUAGGUGCAACUGUUUCCAAGGAUACAAACUCUCACCAGACAACGUUUGCCAAGAUGUGGAUGAAUGCGUGCUCCCUGGAGUCUGCCUCCAUGGCCGCUGUGUCAAUCUGGACGGCACCCACAAAUGCACCUGUAGCCAUGGUUACCAAGUCACCUCAGACAGCAAAAACUGUGAAGAUGUCAACGAGUGUGCAACUGGUAAUGUGUGCCCGGCGGGAAUUUGCAUUAACACUGCAGGUUCCUACACUUGCCAGAACUGCAGGCCUGGGUUUGGACCAUCUGCUGAUGGACUGAGAUGUGAAGAUGUGGACGAGUGUGCCCAGAUUGAUUUGUGUCUUAGUGGAGUGUGUGCCAACACGGAGGGAUCCUACACCUGCACCAGAUGUAAAGCUGGCUACAGAGUGUCUCAAGACCGACAGAGGUGUGAAGAUAUUGACGAGUGCCAGUCAUUGUCUACCUGUGCCAAUGGGAUCUGUCUAAACUCGGAGGGCUCUUACACUUGUGAGAACUGUCCAACCGGGUACAGAGUAUCAUAUGAUGGGGAGCUCUGUGAAGAUAUUGAUGAGUGUGCGCUGCCCACUACAUGCCCCCAGGGAACAUGUACAAACACAGAGGGUUCCUUCACAUGUGUCAUCUGUCAGCCUGGUUUCAGAGUCUCUGAGGAUGGACAACAGUGUGACGAUGUGAAUGAGUGCUUGGUGGCUAACGUGUGCCCAGGCCAGCUGUGCUUAAACAACCCAGGAUCCUACACCUGCAGGAGCUGUGGGGCCGGUCUGCAACUGUCUAAUGAUGGUUAUGGCUGUGAGGACAUUGACGAGUGCCAGACCCCAGGUGUGUGCCCCAUGGGUGUUUGCACCAACACAGAGGGCUCCUUCUCCUGCAUGGCCUGUGACCAAGGCUUCACAGUGGCACCCAACGGCAACGUUUGUGAAGAUAUAAAUGAAUGUGAGGACAACAACCUGUGUGUGGGAGGCCAGUGCACCAACAGCAUUGGUUCCUACAGCUGCUCAUGCGCAACUGGAUUGGAGCUGGUGGAUGGGACAUCCUGCAGAGAUAUCAAUGAGUGUUUAACUGUGGUGGGGAUCUGCGGAGAAGGAGACUGUCUCAACACUGAAGGCUCCUACACAUGCAUCUGUCCUGACGGAUAUACCACCAUCGAUGGAAGGACUGGCUGCCAAGAUGUGGAUGAAUGUAGUAAAGACAAUGUGUGCAUCCGUGGCCAGUGUCUCAACACCGAUGGCUCUUUCUUGUGCUUGUGUGAGGCUGGCUUCAAGUUCAAUCCUGACACGGCUGACUGUGAAGACCAGAAUGAGUGCAAGGAGUUUGGAAGUUCAGUGUGUGGUACCUGGCGGUGCGAGAACACCAUCGGCUCCUAUCGGUGCUUCAUGGGCUGCCAGCCUGGCCUCGAGGGAGAAGACGCCGCAGACUGUGAUAUUGAUGAGUGUGUUAAUGAAACCAUCUGUGGGAACCACGGCUUCUGCGAGAACACAGACGGCUCCUUCCGCUGCCAAUGUGACCAAGGCUACACCAACCCACCAGGAGAUAUGAGCAAAUGUGUUGAUGUGAAUGAGUGCGAGAUGAGCCUGGCGUUGUGCGGGGCGGCCCUGUGUGAGAACUUCGAUGGCAGCUUCCUGUGCAUCUGCCCCAACGACAAUGAGGAAUUUGAUCCCAACACCAGCCAGUGCCGCUCCCUGGUUGAUAUUAAACAGGCGCUGGCUGCUCAGGUCCCACAAUCCACUCCCUCAACCGAAGAGAGGAAAGAGUGUUACUAUAAUUUGAAUGACGCCAACUUCUGCGACAACGUCUUGUCUCGAAACACCACCAAGCAGGAGUGCUGCUGCACGGUGGGGGCAGGCUGGGGAGACAACUGCGAGAUCCACGCUUGUCCUAUUCCAGGAGGAGAUGAUUAUAACCAGUUGUGCCCUCAUGGCAGUGGAUUACUUCCCCUGCCUGCUUCCUCUACACCGAGUGUGAGAGAACAGCGUGAUUACAUAGAUGCAAAUGAGUGUGAGAUGUUUGGAUCGGAGAUUUGUAAGAAUGGACAGUGUUCAAAUCUCUUCUCUACUUACACCUGUUAUUGUCGCAGUGGCUUCUACUACGACAACAUCCGGCUUGAGUGUGUGGAUUAUGAUGAGUGUGGAUUUGGAAAUGCCUGUGAGGACGGAGUGUGUGUGAACACAGCUGGGUCGUUCAACUGUUUCUGCAGUCCCCCAUUAGUCCUGGACAACACACGGCGGCGCUGCACCAACCUCAACUCUACAGAAACUCUUGAGCCUCACCAGGGUGUGCACAUGGAUAUUUGCUGGCAGCGUCUGGAGGGGGACAACAUGUGUGCAGAGCCCCUCCAGGGAAUCAGAACUACAUACACUGAAUGUUGCUGCCUGUAUGGCAUCGCCUGGAGUGGACAGUGUGCCUUCUGCCCCAGGACAGACUCUGAGGACUACGCCAUAAUGUGCAACCUGCCUCGGAGAGGGGCUUCAGACAGUCUGCGAGAGCGGCCAGGAUAUGAAUAUGGUCUUGAGGGGCCAGAGGAUCACGUGGAGCCUUUUGUUCCUCCAUACUUUGACAGUUAUGGCAAUCCUGCAGGACCCUAUGACAUUCCUGAGAGCGUUCCUCUUUUCAACGACAAUGACUACAGCGUUCCACAGCCACCUGCUCGCGUCCCCAUCUUACGACCACAGGAGAACCAGCCACAACCAGUGGAUUCCUAUGCUGAGCGCUACGAUGCCUUUGAAGGUCUCCGAGCAGAGGAAUGUGGAAUCCUGAACGGGUGUGAAAAUGGCCGCUGCGUUCGUGUGCGAGAAGGUUACACCUGCGACUGCUUUGAUGGUUACGAAUUCAACCUAAACAAGAUGGCCUGCAUAGACAUAAAUGAGUGCGAGGACAUCAGCGACAAGGUGCCUUUGUGUCAGAACGGGCAAUGCACCAACACAGAGGGAUCGUACAAGUGUACCUGUUUGCCAGGCUUCGUGGCCUCUGCCAAGCCACACAAAUGCAUCCCGGCGAUCCCGGAGUCUGAGCUCGGGGAGACAGGAAACUGAGACAGUGACUGUUGGAGCGCUGGCUUCUCCUGCUUCCUCAAAGAUCACCUUACACCCUUUUGCCCUUGUCCCCAAGGGCCUGGCACUAAACCUCCAACAGUAACGCUGAGACGUCCAAACUCGUAGUCCUACACGUCACACGCACACAUACACAAACACAAACAUACAAAAGCACACACACUAGCAUUCAGAACACAUUCAGAUCCCCCUCAUACACACUCAAGAGGACCAGGAAUUGUGCAGUGAAUGUAUUACAUGGGAUUUAGUAUUCAGCAGAUAUCCAUUUGCCUUAAAGGGAUUUUGUGGACUGAUCUUUUUUUAUUCAGUAACCCCAGGCAAUUUGAUAUGCAGAUAUUUUCCACAUUAUUUUCUCUUUCACUUUUUUUGUGUGUUAUUUAUUUCAUUUACAUGACGGGCCUCUGCAAACUAAGAAAGCAACCUAUUUCAGAGGGCACACUUGAUUCCUCUUGUUUUAUUUGACUCGCCAAUUGACCUCAGAGACAGUGCGGGGAGAUGAAUAGAAAUGUCUCUUGUAAAAGAAGGAGCAUCAUAAGAAAUCAGCCACUCAUAAAUCAGCUUGUGCUUCACUGUCAAACCCUCUCACCAGUGUUAUCUUGCUCAGUCAUUGUACUUACCAUUUGUCUUGGACUAAAUGGAUUCCAGAGCUGACAGAACACCAGAAAUUCAAAAAGAGAAUUUUUCCCACAAUUGCCUUUCUAUCCUACCAGCUGAAGAAUCACUGGACCAAGUACUGGGAAGUCAGCACAGCCAAACUUAAACCUUAAAAACAUGAGCUGUUAACAUGAACCUGGAAAGACUGUAGAUGUAUAUGAUGAUCUAUGUAAUGUUUUGAAAAAAGGUGCAAUAGGUAUAACCUGCCUUUCUCUGUUUGACACCAGUUUUUUACACUCUUAAUACCAACAAUGAAGUAGAAAUACAUGGACUCAUUUGAUUUUUUUCUUGUUAACAGUAUUGACUUGUUUUAUGCUUAUACUGUAAAAACCACAUGUGCCGUAACUUAUCGAACUGUGGUUCUAGGCCACAGCCUAUUUUCUGAAACAACAAGAAGGUAAAUAAAUUGAAGUUAUCCACAAAUAUAACUGCUUAAAGUGAAAGACUGGUCGCACCAGCACAAGGCUUUUACAUUCAGCUGCAAUGCAAUUGGAUCCCAGAUCUCACAUCAGACAAUUCCCAUGUGUGCAUCUCUGAAUGCAUGUAAAGACAAAGGCUUUGUUGGAGAGGUUUGGCAUAUUUUGUACAGAUCUAGUACUAUGUAUUAUUUUUGUUACAUAUUCUCUUAAUGCAUCAUAGCGCAACCAAUAUUUUGUUUGACGUAAAGCCUAAAAUGUAAGAAAAAUCUGGCAUUAUAGCUUUGUAGAUUUAUACGUGUCUGUAAAAAUGUUUUUAAAGCAUAUCUUUUAACGUAUGAGAAGAAUGGCUGACACUGUACCAGAGGAAGUGUGUGUAUACCCUGCCCUGUGGAGCAGACAAUGAAAUAUAUUUUUUGGAAGUGGCAGCACUGUUCUAAUCACAGACAUUUUGUCUCUUCAAGUUUCGAAGACAAUGCUUUUGAAAUGCAAGCACCAACUUCUGUUUAUCACAACUUUAUGGCUGAAUAUUAGUAAUUGUGAACAUUUCUUUCUUUUAGUCUCCACUGGAGUCUUAUGUCAUGAAUGUAUCAUAGACAGUAUCACCCAUACAUUUGGUUUCUCAACUCGCACUCAUACUAUUUUUUAAUAUAUAUUCAGGUUUAAGAAAGUAAUGGCAUUAUUUGUCUCAUGGGCCGAAUGUCUUUAAAGAAAUCGCAUCAGUCUAAUUUUGGAGGAUGAGUAAAGCUGGUCACUUAUAUCCCUCACAUGAAUUCAUGACCUAAAACAUGCAGUUGUACAAAUGUUUCCACUAAACUUUGGGUCAAGUUGGAGUACUUAAAGCCUUUGAAAACCGCAAAUAACUUGAGAUAAAUGUCUUGAUGUAAAGCUGUGGUCAUUGGAAAUAUCUUGCUCAUUCAUUUUGUUUACCUCUUGACUGUAAUCACUAUCAGUCAUCAAAAUAAAAACAUCAAAAAUA